AUGAGCCUGAACGAAGAGGAGAUCCGCGCCGUCGUCGUCGAGGAGCUGGGCCGCAUCGCGCCCGAGAUCGACAUCGCCGAGAUCGACCCCGACGGCGAUCUGCGCGAGGAGAUGGACAUCGACUCGAUGGACCACCUCAACCUGAUGAUCGCGCUGCACAAGCGGCUCGGCAUCGAGAUUCCCGAAAUCGAUUAUCCCAAGCUCCUGUCGCAGGCGAUGAGCGAUACGCCCCCUCUGUCCCCGCCCGGCGAGAACGACUGCCUGGUGGUGGUCGACCUGCAGAACGACUUCAUGCCGGGCGGCGCCCUGGCGGUGCCCGACGGCGACUGGCAUCCGGCCGGGCAUAGCUCCUUCGCCUCCAGCCACGCCGGGCGGGCGCCCUUCGAGACGAUCGAGGCGCCCUACGGCCCCCAGACGCUCUGGCCCGACCACUGCGUCCAGGGCACCUCCGGCGCGGCCUUCCACCCCGACUUCGACCUCGACCGGGCGGAGCUGGUCCUGCGCAAGGGGUUUCGCCGGGCGAUCGACUCCUACUCCGCCUUCGCCGAGAACGACCGCCGCACCUCCACCGGGCUGGCCGGCUACCUGCGCGAGCGUGGCUUCACGCGGCUGUUCUUCGCCGGCCUGGCGACCGACUUCUGCGUGCGCUGGUCGGUGGAGGACGCGCGCGCCGCCGGCUUCACCGCGGUGCUGGUCGCCGACGCCUGCCGGGCCAUCGACCUGGACGGCUCGCAGGCGGCGGCGCUCGAGGCGAUGCGCGCGGCCGGCGCGGCCGUGGUGCAGUCCGACCGGCUGCUCGGCUGA